UUCUACUCCAUCUUAAUAGUGCAAUCCCUCUAUUUUCCUCUCCAAAUUACAAACUUAACCAAAAAAAGAAUGGCCAUAACAAUUAACCCAAUCUCUACUUGCACAAUAUUUGCCAUUUCCAUGAUCUUGAUCUCAAGCAUGUUCCCAGUCUCCCUUUCUAAUCCACUUUGCCCAUCAGGAUAUCCAAACAACUCAACCCCAGUGUACAAAGAAGACAUUGACUUGAUCCAAUUUGCUGGGAAUUUGGAGUUCUUGGAGGCUGAGUUCUUCUGUUGGGCCGCUUACGGCUACGGGAUUGACGUACUUAACCCGGAGCUGGCCAACGGAGGCCCGCCCCCGAGAGGCGUAAAGAGAGCCAAUCUUGAUUUCCUCACUCGUAACAUCAUAAGAGAGUUCUGCAAUCAAGAAAUUGGUCAUCUAAGGGCAAUAAAGUCGAGGGUUGGAUUAUUCAAGAGGCCAUUGAUGGACCUCAGUGCAAAUACUUUUGCCCAAUUAUUUGAUGAAGCAUUAGGUUGUAAACUUGAACCGCCAUUCGAUCCAUACCGGGAUAGCAUAAACUUCAUGAUGGCUUCAUACGUAGUUCCAUACGUUGGAAUGGUAGGCUACGUGGGUGCAAACCCUAACAUCAGGGGCUAUAUCACAAAGAGGUUACUUGCAGGACUACUCGGGAAUGAAGCAGGGCAAGACGCAGUGAUCAGAAUGUACCUCUAUGAGCGAGCUACGCGAAUGGUGUAUCCGUACCGUCACACCAUAGCCGAUUUCACCAUCCGCAUUUCAAUGCUGAGAAACCGGCUGUCAGCAUGUGGUGUCAAGGAUGAAGGGUUGUUUGUUCCUCCAAUCCUUGGGGCGGAGAAUCGGACGACUAGCAAUGUUCUUUCAGAAGAUGCUGAAUCACUCUCCUAUAAGAGAACUCCGGCAGAAAUACUGAGGAUUUUAUACAACACUGGCGAUGAACACAUCCCCGGUGGCUUUUACCCAGAAGGGGGUAAUGGCAGGAUUGCUAGAGAAUAUCUUCCAAUGUGAGGCAGAAAGGCGGAUACUUUUUAUUACAUUUAUGCAUGUACUGAAAUGUUAGAACUUCUUUACAGUUUAAAUUUGUGUUUGUUUGGUAAUUGGGAGUAUAAGAUAGAAUGAAUGGCAUGAAUAUCACUUCUAUAUAGUGAGAAUUAUGAUUUGUUUAAUUAAUUUAAAUUUCUUCUCUCUAAUUCAUCCCAACUGC